AUGAUACAGAACGUUCAUGAUGUUUCCACUGCAAUUGAGAUCUUGAUUCGCUUUAUACGUUUUUAUGACAAGGUGGUUGCAGAAAAUAUCAGCCUUUUGCUGAAUCCAAUUACGCGCGGUGAUAUUAACGGUGGAUUACUGGUACUCAAGAAGCGUUUGUGUCAAGCAACUGACCAAGCAGCGGCCAACGAAGAGACGGCCAACGAAGAGACCACCAACGAAGAGACCAUCAACGAAGAGACCACCAAAGAGACCACUAACGAAGAGACCACCAACGAAGAGACCAUCAACGAAGAGACCACCAAAGAGACCACUAACGAAGAGACCAUCAACGAAGAGACCACCAACGAAGAGACCACCAACGAAGAGACCAUCAACGAAGAGACCACCAACGAAGAGACCAUCAACGAAGAGACCACCAACGAAGAGACCAUCAACGAAGAGACCGACCGCGAAGAAACCAUCAACGAAGAGACUGACCGCGAAGAAACCAUCAACGAAGAGACCGACCGCGAAGAGACCACCAACGAAGAGACCACAAACGAAGAGACUACCGAAGAGACCGACAUUCAAAUAGUCCUCCAAGAUCCAGAUUCAAAAUUGAUUUAUGAGUCCUUUCGUCAUGAUCUUGAAAAAAGUGCGACAGAAUUCAUAGCUACCUAUGGCGCGAACCCUGAUCACUUCUGGAAUAAACUGCCCUUGCUCAGUGAUGGACAUAUCGUCAGCCAGUUAUUGAAAGUGCUUGGCCACCAUUCGGAGAUGAAUGACUUGACUCAGAGGCUGCUUGAGAUUAAGUUAUACGAACAAGUUCAAUUGCUCGAGAAUGCAUUUGUAGAGUCAAAUAGCACUCUGCGAAAAGGUGAGACAACUAGAAGCGUGGCUCUCCAACGUGUGCUAGGUCACAAAGCUUCUCGGGCGGAAGACUUCAAAGUCGAUCGCGGGAAGAAGCUGUCGCAUUUUGAGCUUGUCGAUUUAUUCCGUAUUUCAAAGCCUCAUUGGAGAAAAUGGCGUAAGAUCAGUAUGUCUAAGGUGCAUAUGAUACGUAAAAAUCUAAAGCCAGUUCAAGAAGAAUGGGCCAAAGACCUUAAUGAUGUUCUGUCCAAAAUCUACAAGCAGAUACCUUCACGGACUCCGUUCAUCCCCGAAAUGGGAGAGGGAGAAGCACGAACUCCAGAUUCUGAAGCAGAAAAUUCUAAUCUGCCCAUAUUGAGUUUCUCAGCAUCAGCCGACCAAGUUGACAGCCAGGCAGAUAGUCUCGAGAGCAGGAAACGUGGAACAAUACAAAAGGAACAAAAUUCGAGUUCCGCAGAAGCGAUUAUUUCCAAUAAGCGAUCAGCGUGCGACCUCUACCCGCUAGCUACAAAAAGACAAUGUGUUCGCCAGGUAGCGCUUCCUUCGCAAGGCCACACAGCGGAAUCAGGCUUUCCGAACAACCGGACAGUGCAACCUAGCAACGACAAUUCCGCGCGCCCUGGUAUGCUAGAUGUUAGCCCUUUACGUGACUUUGGCACUCAAUCGAACCCAGUAAUAGAAUAUCAGACCCUUGGAUGCCCACUGUCUGAUAAUUCUGAUGCUAUCAAUCUCAGUUCAGGAAAUCAACCACGAAACUCAUUUAGCCAAGCAUCAACUGGAACUUUGCUACUGCAUGAUGGAACAACUAUGUCUCAAAAACAGACUCAAUUGUUCGAAGCCCGAACUAGGUCCCGUCAAUCCAGUCUUGCACCAGUAGUCGGCAAUUCCAUCUAUCCAGAUGGUUACAGCACUGACGCCGACCCAAUAGACGCGAUAAAUGCUUCUGCCGAACCUCGAGUUUCCUGGCCUACGGGCAUGGACAGUUACGACCCUGAUGCCGACCCAAUAGACGCGAUAAAUGCUUCUGCCGAACCUCGAGUUUCCUGGCCUACGGGCAUGGACAGUUACGACCCUGAUGCCGACCCAAUAGACGCGAUAAUUGCUUCUGCCGAACCUCGAAUUUCCUGGCCUUCGAUAGACGAUAUAGUUUCAGUCGAACAUGGAGCAUAUCAAUGGUCUCCGCCAAAUAUCCCGAACAAUGUCUUAGGUCAACACUCUGUUACAGCGACAUAG